GCUUUCUUCGCGGAAAACGGCGCCAUCAUCGAUCCUUUCCUUCAGCUGCGUUAAACAUCCCUUCAAAACCAAAAUUCUUCACCUUGAUUCACUGGUGUGAGGUAUGGUUCAUCCUUCUCGCUGAUUCUCCUUCUCAGGUUUCUUCUUCUUUUUCUUCUUCUCAGGUUUCUUCUUCUUUUUCUGAGGUUCACAAUCAGUAGCUGCAACUAGUAACGACUUGAUAUGAUUUUUUUUCUUAUCUUGACUAAUCUUACCAGAUUCCUGUUAUCAUUCAUGAACAAAUUAGUUCCCCUUUGUGAUAGAACUGAAAACGGGGUCAUGUGCUUGCCUGGUUACCUCAGUCAUGAAAAAAGAUGAUUAUAGGUAAACGAUAACAUGAACUCAUAUACAUAAAUAUCCCUUAAGAUGGUAUUUUCAUGUAAAAAGUCUUAAGCACUUUUAAAAUAGAUAACAGGAAAAGAUGCACAAAUUACCUCAGCCCCAAAUGUAAGUGUUUUAAAAUUUAAAUUGUUUUCAGAUGUUUUCUAGAUUUAAAUUCUGCGUGUAUCACGAUUCUUAUUUUUUUUUCAGUUUUGCUUCAUCUUUAUUUGUUCGGGGCAACAUCGUUUUGUACAUAUACAAUUUCAAGUUCCUAACAUGCUAUUCUAAUUUCUAUAUCUAUCCCAUCCUGUUUAUACAUGAUUAUUCAUACGGCGUAUUAAAUUAGUAUUUGUUCUUGCAUAUUUAAGUUUCUUUGUGUUCACUCUUAUCUGCAUCGGUUGGCUUGGCUUAUAAUUAAGUUACUUUAAUUUUGUCUUCAGUUACUUUUUAAGUCUGCAUGUUUUAUUCUUUUGCACAUUAAAGUCUGCCAAUAUGAUAAUCCAUUAAUCUUCAUAUGUAGUGCACACGUUUCUGGCUUUUGUGUUGUUUCCUUUUCUUUUUAAUAUUUGUUCAUUACCACCACACUUGCUUUGGUAAUUACGUAGUAUUGUUUAGGAUAAAUCAAAAUACAAUCACUUAAACUAUAGCAUUCAUGUUCUCUGUUUAUGAUAAAUCAGAGAAGGUAUUUUGAUUUAACUCUUUUAUGUAUACGUGUGUUUCAUCAUUUAUGUAUAAACAUAUGAAAGUGUAUUAAGUAUUGUAAACUAUACCCGUACAUAAACUAUAAAGUGAUAAUAUCCACUACACUACAAGUCAGAAUGUAAGUUUAAGAAAUUAAUUUGCAUACUGCUUUUUUGGUUCUCAACAAGUACUGUAAUUUUCCUCAUCUGACAAAUUAUGUGACUGGAGAGCUGAAUAUGGUGUGCCUGCAUCAAAGAGUGCCGAUGGGGACUGUUUGGUUUCAGUGGUCUCACACUUCCCCCUGGCGUAACUGCAAUAGAUUGUGUGAAUUCAGAAGAGAACUCACAAGUAUAUAAAUAAUGUUCCACAGCCAACAUCAGCCAAAAUAGUAAAAAUAAAACAAAACAUUAACUCUAAACUUGGGUUACCUUUAGAAGUAGGCUAGUCGGGUCUUCUAACUUGGGCGAUGGUAGACACCUGAGGGCUAUUUUGAGGUUUAGGAUGUUAAUGCUAAUAAGAUAAUUGAAUACAAAUGCUAAAGUUUUGUCUGUCUCUAUUUAACUAAGAACCUUAUAGUUUCAUUUGGGUUUGAAACAGCAUAUGUGUAUACCUAAUCACCUAACUAUAUCUAUAAUGCAAAUUUCUCAUUUUGCAUUUGCUAUAUUGCUGAUUGAGCCUUUCAGAUGUCGUCUAAGAAAGAAGAUGGAGGAUAUUUUAUUUGGUCCGAUGAAACGAUCGGAAUUUUUAAUGACAUAUGCAUUCAGUUCAUUCUUAAGAAUGGGAGGGGACAACAAUUUAGGUGGAAGGAGAUGCAAGCUUUGUUUGAAGAGAGAACAAAAAGGAAAUGUUCUUUUAAAAGCUUGAAAAAUAAGUUUGAUUUUAUGAAAAAGGAAUGGCGAUUAUGGAAAUUAUUGAAGCGUGACGAGACUGGUUUGGGUUGGAAUGCAGCCACUGGCACGCUGGAUUGUUCAGAUGAAUGGUGGGGUAAAAAAAUUAAGGUAUAUAUGGUAGUUUGUACAAUUUAUUAACUUAGAAUUUAAACAUACUAGAAUAUUUGACUUUUAAAGAAAAAAAUCUACAGGAAAAAGCAGAAGUUAAGAAGUUCAGGCAUAAAGGAGUUUUGCCGCAUAUUGAAGAGCAGUGGGAUCAAAUAUUUGGGGACUCAGUAGCCACUGGAGUAGAAUGUGUGGCUCCAACGGCUACAAUUUUGGAGAAUGACAAUCAAGAAAAUCACCAAGACACUGUCACCUUGGAGGAUAACACUGAUACUUACGAGGUAUUUAACAGAUAUAAUGCUGAACCAGAUUUGGAAAACUUUUUUCAAGAUUUUAUGAACGAGGCUAGUGGGAAUAUGCCUUCUGCUCCUACAAUUACCACUGUUGAAGACGCAGGGACCGGUGCCACUAGUAAGAAGCGCAAACUAAGGCAGUCUAAGGGAUCGGUGAAACUAAGUGAAAAUUUAGAGAGGGGGAAUACAUGUCUUCAAGCAAUUGAACGCCUCUUGACUAAAAAGGAGAAGGUUGAUGAUGAUUGUGUUAGUGUUGGUGAUGUCAUGGUAAUUAUGACAAGAAUGGCUGAGAAUGGUGGGCUGGUGAGGAGUGGUGACUUGUGGUUUCACAGCAUUUGUGUUCUCGACAGUCUUAGUAGAAGACAAUUCUUCAUGAAUUUUAAAGAUGACGAUGAAAGGCUCGACUGGCUGAAGUUUAUGCACGCAAAAGGAAUAUUUUAAAUACAUUUAGUAUGCUAUUUUGACAUAAACAUUUGCAAUGUUAUGUCACCAGUAACAUUUAGGAUACGAAUUUAUUUAUUUAGGUUGGAUGUUUGAUUUUAAUUUUUAUAUGUUGAGAUUCAUGGGAUUUGUUUUUCUAAGAAUAGUAUGCUUAUAUUAUUAUUAUAUACAUUUUUUAUUUAUUUAUUUAUUUAUAGGGAUAUCAUGAGCCAUGAUGACGAUGAUGAUGAGUUUCUGCUUCAUAUUAUGGUUGGAAUUACUAUUCAUGAUAGAAAUGCUAUUAUUGCUUCCCAUUAUUACAAGCAUAUGUAUAAGGAGCCUUGCAUGACAUCAGCUUUAAGCGGGGAGGCUUGGAUGAAAGAGGUGUUAAAUGGUCAUCCUAUUCGUUGUGUUAAUGCCUUUAGGAUGUCUCCAAAUUUAUUUGCACGCCUUUGUAAGGAUUUGCAAUUAAAAUACGGUUUAACAUCAAGUGACAAAAUUACAAUUGAAGAAAAAGUAGGUAUAUUUAUAUACACUUUAGCUUUGGGGCUCUCAAACCGGGAUGUGGCUGAGAGGUUCCAAAGAUCUGGAGAAACGGUAAGUCGAGCAUUUCAUGAUGUCUUAGAAUCCAUCGCUGGUAGGAGUACGGGAUACAAGGGACUUGCUCGUGACAUGAUUGCACCGAUUGAUCGGGCCUUUCCGUAUGUCCCUUAUCACAUCUCAAAGGAUAAAAGAUAUAUGCCUUAUUUCAAGGAUUGCAUCGGGUGUAUUGAUGGAACACACGUAGCAGCGUGCAUCCCAGUAAAGGAACAACUUCGAUAUAGGGGAAGAAAAGGUGUCCCAACCUUUAAUGUUAUGGCUGUGUGUGAUUUCACCAUGUGUUUUACAUUUUUAUCGGUAGGGUGGGAGGGAUCGGCCCAUGAUACACGUGUAUUCCUUCAUGCUAUUGAGACACCCUUGUUGAACUUUCCACAUCCACCUGAAGGUCGAUAUUAUUUGGUGGAUAAAGGCUAUCCAGAUCGAAAAGGUUAUCUCGUUCCUUAUCCCAAGCUACGAUACCACUUGGAACAAUUUGAAAAUGAAGCACCAACAAAUGCUCAAGAAGCUUUCAAUCGCUCACACUCAUCUCUUCGUAGUUGCAUAGAGCGUUCUUUUGGUGUUUUGAAAAAGAGGUGGAAAAUUUUAUCAAGAAUGCCUAUGUUUAGCGUUAAAACGCAGAUAGACGUUAUUAUGGCAACAUUUGCUUUGCACAAUUAUAUUCGCAAAUUCUCCAGCGAUGACUUGAUAUUUGAGGUUCUCGAGCACCAUCCAGACUUCAUACCACGUGAUGAUCUUGUUGAUAUUCAAAACUCAAAUUCAAGUACCACCAGUUCACAAACACAAAGUUGCAGUGAGAUGAAGGAACUUCGCAACAAUAUAGCAUCCUUGAUAUGGGCUAACAGACAUUAGAUAUUUUCACUCUGAUUAGUCGAUUAUGACGAUGUUUAUGUUUGCAUAUUUAUCUAUUGCAGUUAUUUCCAACUAAAAUGUUAACUUUAUGAUUUUUUAUUUCUAGUCGCGUACUCGAAUGUUGUGGAUUUUUUGAAAUCAAUGCACUAUGUUGUGUGUAU